AUGGCUUUGCCGUAUAUUGUUUCAGACCCCGCCUUUCUCCCACAUACAUUUUCCAACUUCAAGGGCAAAAGCGCUGAAACAAGCAACAAAAUAGCCAACAUUACAUUACCUCUCUAUAAUGUUGUCGUUGCAACCCGAUAUUUUUGUGGGACUAAAACAGCACAAGUAACUGUGGAGUAUCUAUGGAUGGUGACAGCAAAACACCCAUCAAUUAGCAUUGGUCAAAAACGGUUUGGCUUCAAUGACAAUCGCCUGGGCUGGGUAACUACUAUCGCUCCCUUGUCAAAAACAUCACGGCUAAGAAGCACCGCCAAAUCGAGUGCAGGACAGCCUGUCAUUCUUCCAGGAGAAGUGAACAAGCCACUGAGAUGGAUCGGGCUAAACACCCACGACAGCGACACCGGAUUGCCAGACUCGCCCCCAUUGCUCAGCGCCUAA